CCGGGGUGCAACCGGGCGGCCAGUGGUCAGCCAACCCAGUUAGUCCGAGGCCAGAGGAGAAAAUCGGGGGGAACUGAGGGGUAAGCGUCAAACUGCUGGUUGGGUGCUGUCGCAGCAUCCGAAGGAACCUGAAUUAGUGGGGAACGCGAAAGAAAGGAGACCCAACGAGGCUUGUUGGAGAUUCCACACCGAAGUUUACAGCCGUUAUUGUCUAUUCUGCUACAUGCAAGGGUGAGCCUGGGUGUGUGUGAAUCGACGAACAGACGCCGAUCUCAUCCCACAACAGCACACACUACAUGCAGGGACGGCAUGGCCUGCAAGAAGGACGCGUUCCCCCUGCUUGGUGACGAAGUAGCGACUCAGCACCAUGGGACUGAGCAGCAGGACAGGAAACCACCACCAUCGCGCUUCGACAUCGAGAGCAGCUCGUUUGGCGGUUCGGGGACCAUCCGAGAGCGCCAACAGCAGCAGCAGGACCACACGCGAGACCGAGCGGUGUCUCGGCCAUCAAGGGGUAUCCAAGUAGCGACACCGGCGCCGUUCGAGCCCAUAACCGAUCCAUUCGCGUUCGUGUGCGAAAUCGCGCGGAGACCAAAAUUUGGCCACCAGUACGUGCUCUGCCCCGAGCGAAGUCGGCGGCGCGGAGACCGCCACGUGGGUCUCAGCGUAGGCCCGCACUGGGCCGGUGUUAUCUACACCAUCAGCAUGAUCUUCGUCAUCACCCUGUUUCUGGCCAGGGUCCUCAUCGGACCCAACGUGGCGCCAUGGUGUCAACCCGUUAUCGUCGCCUGCUCCAUGGUGACCGUGGUGUUCUUGCUGGCGACCGCGGUUGCCGACCCGGGGAUAGUGGUCGAGUCUGCCGAAUCAGAAGGUGCAAGCUGCGGGUAUUGCGAAGAGUGCUCCAUAUGGAGGCCACAGGGGGCGGAGCACUGUGAAGAGUGCGGGGUGUGCAUCUUCGGAUUGGAUCACCACUGCCCAUGGAUGGGAAAAUGCGUGGGAAGGGGCAAUAUUUUGUGGUUCAGGCUUUUCAACGGCUCCUGGAUACUGUUUCUCUCAUUUGUUAUGGUGGCCAUGCCUUGGAUAAACAGCCACAAAGAUCCGGUGACAGACCGGUGACACAAGCAGGUAGCAGGAGGCCGUCGUGCUCUGCUGAAGAAAUCUAGUUGUUGGCAUGGAGACCAAACACAUCGUACAUACAUGAGACCGCCUCGGGUUAUUUAGUGUCUAUGCGGGAAAUCCUUCAGCUGCUGAUGAUGCAAGACGGCACAUCAUGGCCGGAGCAAAGGCAUCACGAGACUACCUCCGGUCCGAACGUAGUGUAGAGUGGUUGCGGUGCGGGGUUUGGCUGGGUUCCUUGCUGAAGUGACUGGAUGACAACUUCAUGUGGUUGGAAAGCUGCGUGCUGUCCUCCCUUCUGCGACUGAGUGCUGACAGUAUUUCUAGUAGGUUUCCAAUGCAACUAAGUCGAUGAUUGUCUUGGCCGUCCGCGUUUCGUGCCAACACACGCCAACAUGCAUGCGUGUCCCCCGUCUCUUUCGUUUAUUUAGGGCAAAG